AUGGCCGCUGAAAAGCCAGAGACGGACAAUCACGACACCAUCGAGGCGCUCAAUGACUCGGCCCUUCGCCAUGCUGCCGAGCGUGGACAAGCCGCGACUGACAAAUAUGGUCAGAGUCUUGUUCAGUACGACCCUGUCGCUGAGAGGAAGCUACGUCUGAAGAUCGAUCUAUACAUCAUCCCGACCGUGGCCCUGCUCUACCUUUUCUGCUUCAUCGAUCGGGCCAACAUUGGUAAUGCCAAAAUCGCCGGGCUCGAAGCCGAUUUGGGCAUGUCAGGACUCGACUACAACACCCUCGUCUCGAUUUUCUACGUUUCCUAUAUCAUCUUUGAGAUCCCCUCCAACCUGGCCUGCAAGUGGAUAGGUCCCGGCUGGUUCCUCCCUCUCGUUACCCUCCUCUUCGGCGUCACCUCCCUCGGCACCGCCUUCGUCACCACCAUGCCCCAGGCUGCUGCAGUUCGCUUCCUCUUGGGCUUGUUUGAAGCAGGAAUGAUGCCAGGAAUUGCGUAUUACUUGUCUCGUUGGUAUCGCCGCGCCGAACUGGCGUUCCGCCUGUCCCUGUACAUCGUCAUGGCCCCUCUGGCGGGAGCUUUCGGCGGUCUGCUAGCGUCGGCGAUCCUGACGCUUGACCACUUCGGCAGCCUGCACACAUGGCGGAUGAUAUUCGCCAUCGAGGGGAUCAUCACCAUCUGCCUGGCCUUAAUCGCCUUCGUCACGCUGACAGACCGCCCUGCCACGGCCCGCUGGCUCACCCAAGAAGAGAAGGAUCUCGCCAUUGCCCGUGUCAAGUCAGAGCGCAUCGGCGCCACCGAAGUGCUGGACAAAAUGGACAGGAAGAAGUUGGUCAACGGAAUCCUCUCCCCCGUCACGCUCAGCACGUCCUUUGUCUUCCUCCUCAACAACGUCACCGUGCAGGGCCUGGCCUUCUUCGCCCCGACCAUCGUGCGGACCAUCUACAGUGACAAGACGACGAUCCAGCAGCAGCUCUACACGGUGCCGCCCUACGUUGUCGGGGGCUUCUUUACUGUCCUCCUCCCGCUCCUCAGCUGGCGGCUAGACAGACGGCAGAUCUUUGUCGUGCUGACGGCGCCGCUGUGCAUGGUCGGCUACUGCAUGUUCCUAGGCUCAAAAGAUGCCUCUGUCCGGUACGGGGCCACGUUCCUGAUCGCCUCGGCCGUGUUCGCCGGCGGACCGCUCUGCAACGCCCAGGUGUCGGCCAACGUGGUCAGCGACACGGCCCGCAGCUCGGCCAUCGGAUUCAACGUCAUGCUGGGCAACGUCGGCGGUCUCAUUGCCGCUUGGGCGUUCCUGCCGUGGGACGCGCCUGACUACCACAUCGGCAACGGCCUCAACCUGGCGACCUCGGGGACGGUGCUUAUCCUUAGCACGUUGACCUUGCUCUGGAUGAAGUGGGACAACAGGAAGAGGGAUGGUAGGGAUGUCGAUGCGGAGUUGAGCGGAUACACGGCGGAGCAGAUUCGGGAUCUGGAUUGGAAGCAUCCUGCGUUCCGCUGGCGGCCUUAA